CUGAAAAAGAAAACCGGCCCAACUCAACAAUAACACGCUCAACGUUCGUUCGCUUCUCACACUCAUAUACCUUAUACAACGCUCUCACACUCGGUUGCUCCACCGUGCGCCGUCGUCCUUGUUCGCGAUGUUUCGCUAUUUGCGUUCUUCCAUUUGCCAUGUCCAUGGAUCUCUUCUCUCUGCAUCGAAAACCACACUUCCAUCUCACACUACCUUCUUGCCCGGAUAUGUUAGAGGAUUUUCUAGUGCAAGCUGGGGUUUGAACGGGAGGAAUCAAGGUGAGAAUGUAAAUUCAAAUGCAAGUGCUCGUCCAAAUUUUAUGCGGGAUAGGGAGAAUAUUAACUCCCCAAUUGAGAAUAAGGCUGAGAUUGGUGGGAAUUUCAGGAAGAUGGACUUUGUGAGAGGAAGUGUAGAAGAAAAUGAAAAGGGUGUUAUGGGGGGUUAUCUAUACAAUCAGUAUCAUUUUCAGCAUGAUGCUGAUUUUGUUCAUAUCAAGAUGCGUCGUAACAAUACCUUUGUUACAGUGACCGAUUCUAAAGGAAAUGUAAAACUUAGUGGCUCUGCUGGUUCCUUGAAAGACAUGAAAUCAGGGCAAAAGCUUUCUAGGUAUGCUGCUGAAGCAACUGCAGAAGUGGUUGGACGAAGAUCUAGAAGUUUGGGGUUGAAAUCUGCUGUCAUGAAAGUGAAUGGAUUUACUCAUUUUCGGAGGAAAAGGCAGGCAAUAUUGAGCUGGAGAGAGGGAUUUUCUGAUUCUCGAGGAGAUAAAAAUCCAAUUGUAUACAUCGAAGAUACAACUCGUCGUCCCCAUAAUGGAUGCAGACUGCCAAAGAGUCGACGUAUCUAGUUAUUUUUACAGGGAUGGUUGAAGAAGCUUUAUUUGACUUGGAUAAAGACAUAGUUUAGGUGCAUAUUGAAGAAGCUUCUGUUGAGCAGAUUUUAAUUAUGAUUUUGUUUCAUACUUGUUUGUUUACAUUUUGUACAACGAUCAGAAUUUUUGUAGCAACUUCUCUACCGAAAGGCUAUGUAAUUGGAAGCUUUUGUGGCUCAAAUUAUCAUUGCCAAGGAAAUCAUGUAGCAAACUCUUCCUGAAAUUGUCAAAUUUAAAUUCCUUGUUCCAUCAAA